AGUAGAAGACUGUAAUUGUAUAGUUUUCAUGUCUUUGUUGGCUAAAAUAUGAAUAGAACAAGUGGUAGGUACUAGGGGGAAAUUAUCCGAAGAUGGCCUCAAUAAAACCUAGAAUUGUUACACUUAUGUCCCGCCUUGCUUCCACAGCCUCAUUCGAUAUCUCUUCAAUUCAUCAAAUGGCAGAAGAAAGCUACCAGGAACAUGACCUUGGUAAUGUCUACAACGCAGAGAAUGUGCACAGCGCAGCGGAUGGACAUACGGGGGAAGUGGACAAUGCACAUACCCUGGAAAACAUUCAGGAAAUGGACAAUGCACAUGAGAACUUGCUUCCAGAAGAGGUAAAAUUGGAACCAGAGGAGGUACAAGUUGCGUUUCUUCAGGAACAUCCAGUAAAACUGGAACAAGAGGAGGCACAAGUUGAGUCCCUUCAGGAACAUGUGAUAAAAUCGGAACCAGAAGAGAUGCAAGUUGCUGAAAACGGUUCAGGUGGUGGUGAGGAAAAAAGAUGGCCUGGUUGGCCCGGAGAAAAUGUUUUCAGGAUGUUAGUUCCUUCUCAGAAGGUUGGUGGUAUUAUUGGUCGCAAAGGAGAGUAUAUUAAAAAGACAUGUGAAGAGACAAAAGCUCGCAUUAAGGUCCUUGAUGGUCCUCAUGGUACUAAAGAAAGAGCUGUGAUGAUAUCUGCGAGAGAAGAGCCUAACCUCUCCAUUCCGCCUGCUAUGGAUGGACUUUUAAAGGUCCAUAAGCGGAUAAUUGAUGUGGAUUAUGACUCCAAUGCUCCUGGUGGUGCUGGGAAACCAGCUUCGACUAGACUACUUGUUGCUGCUACACAGGCUGCAAUCCUGAUUGGAAAGCAAGGUGCAACUGUUAAGUCUAUUCAAGAUGAAUCUCAUUGCACUAUUCGAGUACUUGGAGGAGAGCAUCUCCCUGUUUUUGCCCUGCCUGAUGAUAGUAUUGUUGAGAUACAAGGAGAGCCAGCAGGCGUGCAUAAAGCAGUUGAAAUGAUUGCAGGUCAUCUAAGGAAAUUUUUAGUAGAUCGCAGUGUAAUUGGAUUAUUUGAGAAAUUAAUGCAAAUGCCAAAUGCUCAUGCACACCAGAAUAUGCCCCCGCCUGGACCUAACCAACCUUGGGGUCCACCGCCGUCUAGCUUUCCCAUGAGUGCUGGGGGCCCUGGAUACGGAGCCAACCAUCAGUAUAUGCCGCCACCGCGUCAAUUUGACAAUUAUUUUCCCCGAGUAGACAUGCAUCAAGAUAAGCAGCCUCAUCAGGGUCCCCCUGUUUAUGGCAGAGAUGCUUCAAUGGGAGCUCAUGGAAAUGCACAACCACAACAAUCAAUAGUUUCAAAGGUCACACAGAACAUACAAAUCCCCUUGUCAUAUGCCGAUGCUGUUAUUGGGGCUUCUGGUUCAAAUAUUAGUUAUAUUCGUCGGGCCAGUGGUGCAACUAUUGCAGUACAGGAAACGAGGGGUGUUCCUGGUGAGAUGACUGUUGAGAUAAAUGGGUCUGCAUCACAAGUCCAAACAGCACAACAAUUAGUUCAGAAUUCAAUCGCUGAUGCUACCAGCUCAAUGCAGAACACUGCAGCUGGACCACCUUCCCAAGGUUAUAAUCCCUACCCUUCUCAGGGUCCUGUGUACUCUUCAUCCACUGGUCACGCUGGUCAUGCGCCAUCUGCAGAUUAUGGUUCUGUUUAUGGAGGUAGCUACGGUUAUUAAAGGAUAUCCCGUUCAAACCAGCACUAGAACUACGAGUCUUCAGCUGUUGGGAAAUUUUAGCUCUUUAGUAAAGCUGUAUCAUGAUUUCUAGUAGUUGAGAAGUGAAUCUGAUUUGCCCUGUUUAGUUUCUUGUCUUCUGCAUUCUCAACUGUCUCUAUCACAUCUUUUAUUUUUACCAAUAUAACUAGUGAAAUCAAAUUGGAAAACUAAUGCUAUUUUUCUGCAAGAGAGAUAUUGUAUCUCCUCUUUGAUAAGCUUGA